AUUAUCCGGAACGAUGUACACAAGUUACGCCUAGUCGUAAAAAAAAGAUGAAACAGAACAGCGUUUGAGAGCGGAGAAAACGGCUUCACUCAUAUUUAUUUGUUAUGAUUUUUGAAAUCUCAUUUUAUAAACUUGGCGAUUGUUUCAAUCCACUGAAAUUUGGCAGGGUUGCUCACAACAUUCUUCUCAGAGGACACUUAUUGCCACUUUAGGGGGACUUUAAAGACAGUAACUUGACAUCAUCGUAAAGAGAAACAUUGUGUACUGUACAGAAAGAAAGAAAGAGAGAAAAGAGAGAGAGAGAGAGAGAGAGAGAGAGAGAGAGAGAGAGAGAGAGAGAAAGGGAGAGAGAGGGAGAGAGAGAGAGAAAUGGCGCCUCGGAGCUGUGCUCGAUGAGCCAGUGUUGGGACCGGUUGGGAAGCUUUUCAAGCCAGACUAAACAUGGUGAACACGCGUAACAGCUCGCGGCCGGGCAGCGGCCACUUCAUCUCCUCCAGGACCCGUUCGUCGUCGAGGAACGACCGCAACUCCGACGAACAUAAGGAGAUGAAUAGUGACGUGAGCAGUCCGCCACUCAGCCCGCCCGCCAAGCGUCCCCACAGGGAGAUGACGUCCGAGCCCAGCUCCAGCGACAUUUCGCCCUCGCCCCAGACCAAAAGCCAGAGGGUGAGCUGGGACAUUCCCACCUACCGCACCAGGUUAUCAUCUCGUAUCAUGCAAAACGGGCACGGCCACAUGGGGCACCGGAAGGAGGAGCUGGGGCAGGGCGACCACUCGCAUAUGAACGGUCACGGGGAGCUGAAGAGGAGUUGCCGCGUGAAGAAGAGCCAGUUUGCACACCUCAACCAGAGCCUGCUGUUUGACCAGCUGGUCAACAGCACCGCUGAGGCCGUCCUCCAGGAGAUGGACAACAUUAGCAGCAUCAGGCAGAACCGCGAGGUGGAGCGUCUCCGCAUGUGGACCAGAGAGACAGAGGAGGAAAACAUGGACAUGUAUUCUCGGGUGAAGCGGAGGAAGUCCAUGCGCCGCAACACGUUCAGCCUGCCCGCCCACCACAAAGUCAUGAGUAAAACGCAGGAGGAAGAGGAGGAGGGCACGGAAGAAUCUCACGGGGAAGAAGAGGAGGAGGACGCCGAGGACGAGGAUGACGACGGGGAUGAAGCGGAGGAAGCUGGGGAGGGAAACGACAGGCCCUACAAUCUGAGGCAGCGCAAGACUGUACAAAGAUACGAGGCACCCCCGAUUGAACCAGUGAACAGGAAGCAAAGCAACCCCACGCUCUUUGACACCCACAGACCAGCAAGAAGAAGCCAUAUACGAAUAAAGAAAUACGCCAUCCACAGCAGCGACACGACCUCGUCCUCUGAUGAGGAGCGGUUUGAGAGGAGGAAAAGCAAAAGCAUGACUCGGGCCAGGAACAGGUGUCUGCCCAUGAACUUGAGGGCAGAGGACCUGGCGAGUGGCGUCCUGCGCGACAGGACAAAAGCGGGUGCCAGCCUUGCCGAUGUCGACCCCAUGAGCCUCGACACCUCAGUGAGAUUCGACCAAGUAGGCGGCCUCGCGAAUCACAUCCAGUCCCUGAAAGAGAUGGUGGUCUUCCCGCUUCUGUAUCCAGAGGUCUUUGAGAGGUUCAAGAUUCAACCUCCUCGGGGAUGCUUAUUUUACGGCCCGCCAGGGACAGGCAAGACCCUGGUGGCUCGGGCCCUGGCCAACGAGUGCAGCCAGGGGGAGCGCAAGGUUUCCUUCUUCAUGCGCAAAGGCGCCGACUGCCUCAGCAAGUGGGUUGGCGAAUCGGAGCGCCAGCUGCGCCUCCUCUUCGACCAGGCAUACAUGAUGAGGCCAUCUAUCAUCUUUUUUGAUGAGAUUGAUGGCUUGGCUCCAGUUCGUUCCAGUAGGCAGGACCAGAUACACAGUUCCAUUGUGUCCACUCUGCUGGCCUUGAUGGAUGGUCUGGACAGCCGUGGGGAGAUAGUGGUCAUCGGUGCUACCAAUAGACUUGACUCUAUCGACCCGGCACUGCGGCGGCCUGGCCGUUUCGACCGGGAGUUCCUAUUCAACCUCCCUGACAAGAGGGCCAGAAAGCACAUCUUGCAAAUACACACACGGGACUGGAACCCCAAAUUGUCUGAGCCAUUUGUAGAUGAACUUGCAGAAAAAUGUGUCGGCUACUGCGGUGCUGACGUCAAAGCACUUUGCACAGAGGCGGCGCUGGUGGCGCUGCGCCGCCGCUACCCGCAGAUCUAUGGCAGCAGUGUCAAGCUGAAGCUGGACGUGGCCUCUAUCGUGCUGGGGCCCGCCGACUUCUGCCAGGCCAUGAGGGCCAUUGUGCCGGCCUCGCAGAGGGCCCUGGCGCCCCCGGGGCGAGCCCUGUCGCCCAUCCUCAGGCCACUGCUCGGUGGUGUGUUCUCCUUGGUGCUCAAUGCUCUCCUUAGAGUAUUCCCUCAUGCUCAGUGUCCGGAGAGGGACAUGCACGGCGGUGACAAUCAACUGCUCGAAGAGGCCAUGUACAGUGAUGAAGAAAACGAGGACCGCGCCACUUCCAUCUACGAAACCCAACCCGCCUUGUGCCCGAUCAGCCCGCCGCCGUCCUCGGACCCCGCCAUGCAUCGGCCCUUCAUUCAUUGCUCAUUUUCCCCCCAUCAGCAACCCACAGCAUACCGGCCCCGUCUGCUCCUGACUGGCUCCUCGGGGUCGGGACAGAGUUCCCAUUUGGCACCUGCCUUGCUGCACCACCUGGACAAGCUGCCAGUGCACCGCCUGGACUUGCCCACCCUCUACUCCACGAGCGCCAAAACGCCGGAGGAGUCCUGUGCUCAGGUUUUCCGCGAGGCCUGCCGGAGCGUGCCCAGCGUGGUGUUUGUGCCGCACAUCUCUGAGUUCUGGGAGACAGUGAGCGACACAUUGAAGAGCACCUUCCUCACCCUGCUGCUGGACGUGCCCUCUUUCUGCCCUGUCCUCAUCCUUGCCACUGCAGAAACGUCCUACCCGCGGCUCUCUGAAGAGGUUAGGAGUAUGUUCCAGAAGGCCUACGGGGAGGUGGUCACACUCCAUCCUCCGAGUGAAGAAGAACGGAGGAGCUUUUUCUCCGACCUGCUGCUGGUCCAAGCAGCCAGAGCUCCACCGCGCCUCAGGAGUGCAGAGCGGUGCGAGGAGGUGCUUCCCGUGGCCGAGGCUCCAGGCCCCAGGGUUUUGUCCGCUGAGGAGCAGCGUCGACUGGCUGAGCAGGAAGAAAACACGUUACGGGAGCUACGCCUCUUUCUCAGGGACGUGACCAAGCGCCUGGCCACCGACAAACGCUUCAACAUCUUCAGCAAGCCUGUAGACAUUGAGGAGGUGUCAGACUACUUGGAGGUGAUUGGACAGCCUAUGGACCUUUCCACCAUCAUGACCAAGAUUGAUAAGCACCAGUACCUGACAGCCAAAGACUUUCUGGUGGACAUCGACCUCAUCUGCAGCAACGCGCUCGAGUAUAAUCCCGACAAGGAUCCAGGGGACAAGGUGAUCAGGCACCGAGCAUGCAGCCUCAAGGACACCGCGCACGCCAUUUUCGCCUCAGAACUCGACCCGGAGUUCGAUCGGAUGUGCGAGGACAUCAAGGAGGCCCGCAGGAAGAAGGACCAGCAGACGCCAGUUCAGUCUGCAGCAGCAGCAGCAACGCCUGUGGCGGCGGCAGCGGCAUCAACAGCAGCAGCAACAGCAUCUCCGCCGAGUGCUUCCGGAAGCAGGAAGGCUCCUCCUGCUGCGGAACAACAGAGCAAGGCCAGCGCUCAGGGAGAGGCCACUGACAAUAAACCAUGCAUCUCCAAUCACAUCAAGAAGAAACUCCGACGACGACCAUCUUGGUUGCGCGGUAUCAUUCGCAAGCACAAACACCACAAGAAGGGCGUGGAAGAAGAGAAAGGGGAGGAACAGACCGAGGGCGAAACGGAAGCGGCGGGGCUGAACGAUUCGUGUUUGACGCUAGAUGGGGAGUCCUCCUGCGACACUCCAGGGCCCCAUUCCAAUGGCCUGCUCCCCAACGUGUCGUCUAUGGAGGAAGAGAGCUCCAACGAGCCCCCAGUUGGCAACGUGGAAACUGGAAAGGAGUUGGAAAAACAAACACAGCUGCAUUGCCUUGGAAACAAUUCCCAAACCCGAGCAGAUGGGGACAGCCAAACCGACACAAAUCCUCUGAUUGAAAAAUCUGAAUCUUCUGAAACUCGGCACAUGGAGGCCCUCCAUGGAGCGCAAGUGAAUGGAAACGAGUCUAUGGAUAGUCUGGACUCCCGGUGCCUGGAGAAAAUCAGCAAGGCCAGUGAAGAAAGCACUUUCCAAAGCGCGGUGGACGUUUGGGACAAAAAGCCGGCGAAGCGAGACCACAACAGCAAUGACAAGGCCGAACUGACUCAGAAGGACUCUGGCCAAAGUCUGGAGGAAGAAAGCGCUUCCCAAAGCGCGGUGGACGUUGCGGACAAAAAGCCGGCGAAGGGAGACCACAACAGCAAUGACGAGGCCGAACUGACUCAGAAGGACUCUGGCCAAAGUCUGGAGGAAGAUCAGGACAUAGAAGGAGACGCCAAAGCAGAGAAAAGCAAGAGGAGCCCGUCGGAGCAAAUGAAAACGUCGGCCUCGAGAACGGAGGACGAUCCCAAACCAGCACCCCCACCCCCACCUCCACUUGUGGUUGACCACGAGCAACUUUUGGUGCUACUCAACAUGGCGGUGAGGAAGAGCGAGGGCUUCAGCGUGGAGCAGAUGGAGAGACUCUACUCGGUGCUCAGCCAGUGCAUCUUUGCUCACCGCAAAGAGUACGACAAGACGCGACUACUGGAGGAGAUGGAAGACAGGAUCCAGCAUUUUGAUACAUUCCUGUGAGAGAUGGCGACGACAAAACCUCCUCAGGUAAGACCCUGAGCAACCACAUCUCCCACCUCCCAACCCCCACUCCUGGACCUCUGAGCCCCCUUCCCCCCAACCCCCACGGGACCACAAAGACAAACAAACUGAGAGCGAAGUCAAGAGACAUUCAAUGGUGCUAUCGUCUCAGGAAAAUCUGCUUCUACACAACCAAACCCCCCCUCCCCCUUGUAGGUGUCGCGCUCACACGCACGCACGCCCGCCAACGGUAAUAGGAAACCCCGGUGCUACUUGGGUGCUAUACUAACUGUAAUCCAUGCUGCUUUUCUCGGCAUUGUUCAACUCGGACGACGAGUCAAAACGACCCCUUUCACGCACGCGCACACACAUACACGCAGAUCCUCACCAGCAGAAAGGAAAGGUGUGAACGCCACUUGGAGACGAGGACAGAAUAAUACGGCCAAUCAGUGAAGUGCACGCCGCUGAGCCAAUCUCGCCCCGGAGUGGAACGCCAUCAUCAUUAUACGCUGCCAUUGCCAUCGUUUUUUUUUUUUUUUUUCCCCUUUCCCCCGUCUACUAGCUUAUAUUCCUGAGCCCUCCUUACUUGCUUGAAAGAAGCAGUUUAAAAAAAAAAAAAAAAAAAGCAGUGCAGAUGGGGAUCGUGGCUUCUAACGUAAAAAAAAAAAAAAAAAAGACAUCUCGCUACCGUUUGCGUCGUAUUUGAUUGGCAGUGUGAACGGGGAUCGUGGAAUCGUUUGUGUGCAGUACCUUUAAACCCUCAAUACUGAAUCAACAGUGGGGUGGGGUGGGGGGCUGGGGGGCCAGCUUUGAUUGACUUUGAAAGGAAUGAAAACAAAACAAAAAAGUUAAUGCAAAAGACUCCUGAAAAAUCAAUUCAAAUUCACAGGACCGACUUUUUGUUUUUGUUAGCAUUCCCGAAGGAGAAGAGCAAAAUUAAAAACAAAAAGUUCAGAUGACGUGAAAGGUGCAAGCGAGGUUUAAUGCAAACGAGGCGACGCCACCGCGAGGUCUCUGAACUGCGUUGACUCCGAUGCCUCAGUUCCGGAUCAAUAUUUCAUAAAGGACGGCAACGAACGUAGCUCGGACGUGUGGCGUAAAAGUGGGCGAGCGACAAUGCGACGCGGGACUUAAACGUGCCCCUAUUUCUGUCUUUGUACCUUUCAAACAGGACAAAGGGGUUCCGGAUGACGGCUAAAAAUCUCGCUGGUUAAUUUAAAAAUUGCGGAACUACACAUUCCGUAUUAAUACCUUUUUUUUUUUUUUUUUUUUCUUUUUAAUGGAAGACGAGGACAUGAAAUACAAGGUUGACUUCAACCCCUCCGAUUCCAUGUCGACACCCUAAGUUAACACAGGACAGCCAAAAAGCCUCAAAGGUGACUUUGAAUGAGCGAAUGAGAUUCAACGUUUAAAUAUUGAGUAUAUUAUUAUUAUUAUUAUUAUAUUGAAAUGUUGUAAAGAGUUCAAAGUAGUGACUUGCCAUGUGUUGAUCGACCCCCGUUGGGAAAGCUCCCUGUUGUGUUCUUUCGCGAUCUGAGGUUGAACUGAUGUUGGCGCUAGGAAAUGUUGCUCAGGCUGCGAUUUUUGUCUUUAAUAAUUUCCUUUAGGCUAACGUAACAGAAAUCUCCACAACGCGUUCACGACCUGUUUCACGCGCGCACUCACACAAAUGCACUGGACGAGGCUCGGAAAUGAUGGUCGACUAGUUAUGCAAAAAAAAAAAAAAAAAAAGCUGCCGCAAGCUACCUCAGUGUAACUUAUUGUCAACAGUUUACUCGGUAUACGCAAGCGGUAUAUAUAUAGAAUUUUUUUUUAUUGUCGCACCAACACUCGUUUCCAGUAUCAGCGUGACCCCCCCCCCCCCACCAAAUCCCCACCUACUAACCCAGUCGAGCAGCAUUUUGUGAUAUCACUCAGCCUUCUUUUCUUGUAUGAUUUCAUCUCAUGUCUAUUUAUUGUAGAUGAUUUUACACUUUUGAUUCCCUCCCGGUUUUUAUCGAUUUUUGUCAACCUGUAGCGUUUGUGUAGCAGGUUUUUCGGGCGUUUGGGUGUUCACGUACGAGGAUUUUUACGUCUCUCAGGUUCAGCACAUGGCCACCCCCCCCCCCCUUUUUUUUGUGUGUGUUUUUUGGGUUUCACCGCUUUUGUGUUUUGUGUGUGCGUGUAUUUAUUUCCUGGUGUUUUAAUUCCCCCCUUUUUACUUUUUUGCAUACUGAAAAUUGUGGGGGAACAGGACCAGAUGUUUUUUUUUUUUCUUUCUCCUUAUGUCGCCAAAAGAAAUAUUAAUUUAAAUGAGAGUCAUAUUGGAAUUAAAGACAUGGUUUAGUUCAAAUGUCAUACAUUGUGAUAUCGCUUUGUUUAUUGUCGUAGCCAGUUUGGACUAACAACCAAUUUUUGUCUGGUAGUUGAAACGACUUUUUUCUAGUCCAGUACGCCCAGCGAGUGAGAUGUGACACUUUGUACCCGUUCUUCCUUCCUCCACUCGCCCUGACCUUUUUUCUAAGUGGAAAACAUUUCACGUCGCCGUCGGGGUUUCUGUUCGGUGUUUUUGACCCGUUCAACACCGCGCAGCACACACUCGUUACCUUUUUUUUUUUUUUCCUCUGUAAGUUAUAUUUGGAAUGGAAACACUGUGAUAUACUUGAAUUAAAAAGGUUAAAAACUG